AUGGGCUGGUCGGUGAUAGGGGUUACCCAGAUUAACCUGCAUCACAGCAAAGGAGCCUCGGCGGUUCUAGCCAGGAGCCAGUCUGUGAUGCACACAGCCAUUUCCUUGAUACAAGAACCAUGGGUUGUCCGUGGAUGUGUCAGGGGGGUGGCAGCAUGUGGGAAGCUUUUUAAAGUUCCCACCGAACAGAGGCCUAGAGCGUGCAUAACGGUUAAGGGGCUAGGUGCACGGCUCCUGCCUGAAGUAUGUUCCAGGGACCUGACGGCAGUGGAGGUGACAGCGGUUAACAGCGCUGGGGAUGCCAGGAAGCUUGUCAUCUGCUCUGCCUACUUCCCGCACGGAGAAGAAGUGCCGUCGCUGGAGAUAGUCAGAUUGGUGGAUCUCUGCCAGAGGGAGGGAUUGCCAUUACUGAUAGGAUGCGACGCCAACGCGCAUCAUACCAUAUGGGGAAGCACUGGAAUGAACGAAAGGGGAAGGAGAGGUAAUAAACCCACCUUUUGCACGGCGGGGAGAAGUGAGGCGUUAGAUCUCACUCUCUGCUCGCGUGGAUUCGUGCGAAAGGUGAGGGAAUGGAAGGUGUCGAAUGAGCCCUCGCUCUCCGACCACAGGCAAAUAACCUUUAGACUUUCAGACCUCAAAGUGGAGGUAAAGAAGGUGAGGAAUCCAAAGAGGACGGACUGGAUAUCCUAUCAGAGGGACCUGGGAAUCAACCUCAGGGACUUUCCCAAGAAGUACGGCACGGUGGAGGAGUUAGAACUCUGUGUGGAUUAUCUGCAGAGGGCUCUGAUUGGCUCUUACGAAGCGAACUGCCCGGCCAGCACGAUGACAAACAAUAGGGGAACUCCCUGGUGGAACCCACGACUGCAGGAUCUUAGGGUCAAGGCUCGGAGGGCUUGGAACAAGGCGAGGAACACGGGCCGACCCUCUGACUGGGAUCUUUACAAGAGAUCCCAGAAGGAGUACAGAGACUCUGUGGUGGAGGCGAAGAGGAAGAGCUGGAGGGACUUCUGCGAGUCGGUGGAGGGCAUGCCAGCCACCACCAGGCUUUGCAGAUUUCUAUCCAAGAACCCGGAGGCAGCGUUGGAAGCGGUCCGAAUGUCAGACGGCACCAUGGUAUCUGGAGAGAAGUGCCUGGUGCAUCUUCUGGAGACUAGUUUCCUUGGUUUCCGGAGGAAUGUGGAUAGGUGCGGAGAGGCUGACAUGGGCCCCUUCAGGGCACGUGCCAGCGAUUGA